AGGAAAGAAAACGCUGGUGCACCAAAACAGGGGUUCCUGACUUCACAACGGGUUGACCUUCCAAUGUGUGGCUGACUGCUGUCUGUUAAAUGUGAAUAUUCCAGUGCUUUCGAACGUUUGGUGAAGAUAAUUAAAAUCAUGGUUUCGGCAACAAUGGACUUAUGAGCGAGUAUAAAGUUAUUGAGUUGUUAACAAAGGCGUCGUAAAUGUGUCGGUCCGCAGUGACGGUGUCCGCGAAGAUAUUGCAGCUCAAUACUGCAUGACCAGCCAGUGAAUCUUCCAAAUCCACACUAAAAUGUCCCUGACAAAGAUGACACGUCUUCCUUUAGCAAGACUGCUGAGCUCCAUUCACCUGCAGCAGCAGCAGCUGCUGCCCCUUCUCCAUCCUUCCAUCUCUCCCAUCACCUCUAUUCCCAGAAGAUGUGCAUUACAUAGUGAAUACAGGCGGCCCGGAAAGCCCAGAGAAUACAAGAGGCCUUGGGAUUUAAGGAAUUUUGACUUCAAGAAGGCUGUGGCUGUGUUAAAAGAACACUUCACACUGCUGCAAUCUGAGGUUCAUGACCGCAUUGUCGUAGGCCCUGAGGGAAGACCGCUGAUUGAGCACAUGCUGGAGCAGAACAGGGUGGUUUGGGAGUUCAGAGGUCCAGAGAGUCUGAAAGAGUGGACGGUCUCCUCUGAUCGUGAGAUUGGAGGUCAAAGUGAAAUCUCGUUGACACUUGGAAAACACAAUACAUGUUUUCUCCACGGGACCCUAAACACAACUCCACCAAGGGACGGAGAGACGCGUUACAGUGGUUACUGCACCGUGCGCUCAAAACAACCAAAGUAUUCAUUUGACAGAAAGAAGCACCAUGAUUGGACCAGCUUCAACUCCUUACACCUGAGAGUACGUGGUGAUGGACGUCCAUGGAUGAUCAACAUCGCUACUGAAAACUAUUACACACACCAGAAAGAUGACCUGUACCAUUAUUUCAUGUUCACCAGAGGAGGCCCAUACUGGCAGGAUGUUAAGAUCCCUUUCUCAAAAUUCUUCUUGGCACAGCGUGGGAGGGUACAAGAUGACCAGCAUCCACUCUGGUUGGACAAGAUUAACACCAUCGGAUUUACACUUGGAGAUAAUGCAGACGGUCCAUUUCAACUAGAGAUCGACUUCAUCGGCGUCACCAACGAUUACGCCCACACUGAAGAGUUUGCCUAUGAACAUUAUAAGAAGAAUCCUGAAGUUAAAUCCAAACUGUCAUAACACUGCAAAUUAAACAUCAGAUUUAAUUUUUAAUUAUUCUGUGUAAAUUCUUCUAAUGCUGCCAAUAAACAAUCUCUCAGUG